UCGCCGAUCUCACGUGCAAUUACCUGGCCUCAGAACCAAAACGAAAGAACCGAUUUUCAAAAAUGAAUCCUAACACGUGGAACAUAAAAGAGAUUUUAAGCAUUCCGCCCGCAUCUGGGGUUCCUCAGAAGUUAUCCAGUGUAAUCCCUGCUGCCAGCGAUUACUCCAGCCUGACAGACUCCCAGUUUCUCUUUGGAUCACAGUUCUGGCCCGAUCAGUCGCAGGGCUUGUCCGUAGAGAUGAGUUUCCCAUCCAGAACCUCACAGCAGAACUCAGAGGUUUUCCAGUGUCCCGUUCCUUGGGUUUUUCUGGCCAGUGUGCAUUGUUUUUGCCUUAUUUUGCAGGUUAAUGAAUGUAGAGUUUCUACAAGCUAUCAGAUCAAGCCAUACCUGUUUGGGGGAGAUUCUCAGGACAAAACCAAAGUGCCGACUCUCACAGAUAGUACAAACAAAGGGAUACUGGAGAUGUUUGAGGCAGAUAAGAGGAAAGCAAAAGAGAGGGAUGAGAGCAUGUUGGCAGACCGUGUACUUCAACUGGGAAACACUAUGGAAAAUAUGAAGCUUACUCUUCAUAGCAUUGAUGGAAGCAUAGAAUCUGCCAAGAGAGUUAUUCUAGAGCAUUUAGAUAGUCUGACAACAACAAUUCAAGACCAUGCAACAAUGGUGCAAAAGAGUGUGGUGUCACCUCUGGAAUCAUUUCUUAAUGAACUGGCCUCCCUGGCACAAAAGCUCAGAGACGUGGAGGACAGAGAGACAAAGAUCAGUGUGGAGGUGAGUGCCCUGCAUUCUUCUGUGGAGAUCCUCCAUCGUGACCUAGAGAGCCUGAGAGCAGAGCAUGGCAAAGAACAGUGCAUGAUGGGAGACAUCCUAUCGCAACUCUGCACCCUGGUCUCCUCUCACAGGCUUGCAGAGCAGGUGACAGACAGAGCAAUGCAGACCUCACCCUGCCCGUUUGAAAAUGUAGUAACGAAGAAGACCAAGUACCAGGAGGGUAUGCGUUUCUGGGGUCCUGAACCAUUUGCUCUGGGGGAUAUGGAAGACCCAGAGAAGGUGUCAAAAGCUGUCGAGGCAGAGAUACCCACAGAGUGUUUGGCCAACACGUUGGCAGUUGGGGCAAGCAAGGAACCCUUGCAGAAAUUCUACUGUACCCGUUCUGCCAGUGCACAAAGGAAGAACAAGCACAGGUCCGGCAGUAUCCCGAGAUGUUGUAAGGAGAAUGCCCCCCCAAGUGAAAAGAAGAGUCCACAGGGCUUUAGCUGCAAGGAUGAACAAGCAGGUGUCCACAAGAUGGGACGUGGACAUAUAAAGGCAAACAGACCUAAGCGAGCCCUGAGGAGAAGCCCCAGAGCCACCCCUUCUGAGACAGAAAUGACAUGGACUCUGCCUACCACACAGCCUGUGGGCCUGUGCCAAGGUGCUGGCGAGGGGGGUGUUCAGCCGAAAAAAGGGAACGCGGUACAAGGCCAUGCUGGGUACUCAAUGGCGACGGCAACUUGGGUCACAGGAAAACCACACACUCUACAGACAUCACCGCAAAAUAAAGGUCUCUGGCAGCUGUUUAGCAUCAGCGAUGAUUCUGAUUGAUUUAGGUGGAGAUCUGAUAUUCAAUCUCAAUACGAGUCACCAGUUAGACAGUGAUUGUUACAGUCUCAGUACUUAAUACUUAUUGACGCCACUAUGUGUUGCUUCUGUAUACACUCAGAAAUGUACUGGUAAGGUUUUUAGCUCUCUGCUGGUAAAAGUUGCAGAAUUAAGUAUGUUAAGUAUAAAGUGUGCAAACAAUACAAAAAUGUGGCCACAGUUACUACAA